CGGACAUCAAACUAGCUAUGCAUUAUCCCAGGCGUAACCUGUUAACUGCUAGUGAUCUUUUUGAUAAAAAUGAUCUCCCAAAUAUACAGAAACUUCGAUUGCAUCUUCAAGAAGAAGGUCGGCUAGAGAUAGAUGCAGUGAAACAAAUUGUAACAAGAGCUUCAUAUUUACUAUCCCUUGAAAAUAAUUUGCUCGAAAUUAAUGGCACAAUAAAGGUUGUAGGUAGUCUGCACGGUCAUUUCUAUGAUUUGUUGACAAUCUUAGACCGACCAAACCUUGUGCCUGACGAGAAGUAUGUUUUUCUAGGAUCGUAUGUACACGGUGGAAUGUUUGGAUUUGAGACUGUUAUCUACCUAUUCGCCUUAAAGAUUUCCUACCCAUCAAAAAUAUUUAUGUUAAGGGGUAAUGAAGACUGUCGAGUGAUUGGAGAUCUUCAGUUUGCUGCAGAAU